UGAUCCCUGCCCCGGAGGGGAGGCAGAGGCAGCAGCAACUACCACCAGUAUUUAAUCUCCUCUUCUCCCUCUUGCCUGUUGGCCUCUUCUGCUGCAGUGCCGUCUGCAGUGGCCUCCAAAGCAUCCCCAUCCAACGACCAAUCCACUUCCAACAAGACACCAUCAACAGCGACAAGGCAGCAGACAACCGCGAGCUGCGGGAGGGAGGGAAUGGACCGGCCGGAGGAGGAGAACGGGAGGAAGGUGGCGCCGGUGGUCUUCAGGCUGUUCGGCGUGGAUGUCCGCCGCGUCGCCGAUGAGGAACUAGAUGACUUCGGCAACGGGUUCGAGCUCAGGAAGAUCUCCAGCAUGCCCAACCUCACCGUCAACUCCAUCGACCCGGUGCUGCCGCCUGGGGAGGCCGGCGACGGCAAGGCGUACGCCUCCGACGAUCUGGAGCUGGCGUCCAGGCAGCAGAAGCGCCGCCGCCGCAAGGCCCAGGAGAGGAAGAAAGGGAUUCCAUGGACCGAGGAGGAGCACAGGAAAUUCCUGGACGGCCUGAGGCAGCUGGGCAAGGGGGACUGGAGGGGCAUCUCCAAGGGCUUCGUGACCACCAGGACGGCGACGCAGGUGGCCAGCCACGCCCAGAAGUACUUCCUCCGCCAGACCAACCCCGGCAAGAAGAAGCGCCGGGCCAGCCUCUUCGACGUCGGCAUCGCCGACUUCAGUGACGAUCAGGUGCCAAGCCCUCCAAAUAGUGCCACUAAGCCUGCUCCCACUCAGGAGAUAAUUCAUACCGACCGUGGCGAUGUCCCGAUACCAAGCUAUAGAGGCUUUGGAGGGAUUUUAGGCAAUAACAUUCAGGUUAGUGAACUAACUAAUUAUUUCGAGAGACCAAUGGCUCACGCCGAGACGUCGUUCGCGUCCAUGGCCUCCGGCCUGGAAACAGCCUCUUCGGUCAACAGCCUGGAGCUCAGCAUCGCCAUCAACAAUCUGGAGCUCAGCAUCGCGCCUCCUGCUCUCUGCGGUUGCGGUGGCGCUGCCGGGGCAAUAAAAGUGCUGUGACUCGAGACGCCGGGCUGCUUGGCUCAGCUGCCGCAACCUGUACCAGCUGCAGGCACCUCCUGCCUGUUCGAUCUUGCUGUUGUUGUCUUUGUUAUGCUAACUUCGUGUUCUUCGUCGAUGGCAUGCCGGUUUUCGGCAGUUUCAUGUAAGGUCGUCGAUAUUUCGGUAGUUUCACGUAAGGGGUUGUUGGAUA